GCUCCUGGUUACCUGGAGCAGAAGAAGACUCCCUCGCUUGCGACAGCGGCGAGCACUUUCGGCUGCUGGAGCCAUUGCGUGGAGUGGCCUCAGAGGAGAUCUGCAGUUGGCAGCCGAUCGAGGGUGCAUCCUUCCUCCCAGGUUAUGCUGGAGGCAUCCCAGUUGCUGCUGGCUCCCUCGCGACGGCCAAGGCACACUGCAUGGCGCUUGGUUCGAACUGCUCCGGGAUCACUUGGCAGCCUUGCAGGUGGAACAGCAUCAUGCUCUACUCCUUGCGACAGGAGGUUGAUCCCGUCGUCAGCCCGCAGGGAGAGAUCUCCUGGCUCAAGGUUUGUGGCGCCGCCGAGGCUGAAGAGGAUGAUUAUUGGCAGGAGCCCGCGGCCCCACCAGGAGUGGACGCAUGCGGGGACGGCUUCGAGGUUCUAUGAGUCGGGCGUGGUGAAUGUUAACCUCCUCAUCAACAUGGGGAACGUCUUGCGAGCUGCGGCCAGUUCUGGAGGAUGGCAUCAUGUUGCUGCCGCCUGUGUACCUGCGGUUCUUCAGACUUUGCUGCUUCGCCUGGAGGAGAGAUUUUUCGUGGACCACUCUGAGCAAUAUGGCCUAGAGGAGACCUACUUGGACAUCCUUCACGGUGUUCUUUCCGUAGGAGGGUCGGCGGCAGUCGCCACAGAAACGUCGCGCUGGCCUCUCCAGCGAGGGUGGAAUCGCGUUCAGGGGCUGCGGCGUGCACUGCGAAAUCUUGCGGCAGUAUCGGAGCAGCAGAGGUCGGUGGACUUCGUACUGUGCUUUUGCAGUGUGGCACGCUCCCCAGGCGGAGGGUAUCCGGCAGUCGAGGACGAGCUGGGCUGGCUGUCCGAGCUUCUGGCACCGGAGGCGGACUUGUACCGAAACAGCACACGCAUUUACGUCAAGGAGAAAUGCGGCGAUGCUGCGAUGCCUGGCACGGAGGAGUCCUUGCGCGAAGCGCUGCUGCCCUUUGCCAAGGUUGUGGAAGUGACAAGAGUCGAUGAUGAGCUCCGAGCAGACGAUGCUACAGCCUAUCUGGAUCAUCUCGCUGGCCCGAACUACGACGACCUGGCUGCGUGGACAUUUUUUCUCCAUGCCGACGCUCCGGAGCAUGUGCAUCCCUUCCGUCUCCUGGAGGAGGUCCUGGCGGCCGUGCGGAGCGGCUUGUUGGAGCAGGAUACUUUCCCCUUCCUCUACCUUAGCCACAACUUCCUGGACCUGGGCUCGUCUCUCCACACCUGGGAUAACUUCGCCUCACCAAGGCUUUGGAAGCGGCUCUUCGGCAGUUCAAUCGCACCUCCACGCGAGGCAGUCAAGGGCUACUGCUGCGUGCAGUUCCUGGUCCCGCGGCGUCGCGCUCUUCUCCGGUCAAGGGCAUGGUAUGCCACUGCCUUGGCCUACUUCGCCUCCGAGGUGUCUUAUUUCGAGCUGUUUCCCUGGGGACGGCUGGUGACGUGGCAGGAUCUUACGUGCAGGGCUCCUGCGCAGCUGUGGAUGCCCUGGUGGCAUGUGGUCUUUGGUGAGGAGCUUGCCUGCCCCGAGCGACAUCAGGAGCAUUCCGCCCGAUCGGAUACAUUGCUGCUGAACGUUCUUUGGCGGAGGUGGAUGCACGAUGAGGCCCCUUUGAGAAAUCGGGCUCCAUCACGGGGUGCUCGUACACUUCUGGCGGUCCUGCACCCUUUGCCGUCAAUGCCAUCCUCUCGGUCAGCCGUCAGCUGCAGAGUGUCAGCUGCACCUGGUACGCAACCAAGGCGAAAGAAAUCUGUCAAGAAGGAGAGCGUCGGCCUCUACGUCUACGCAGAGCCGAGGAAGGGAUGGCGUGCUACUCGCCACGCUUCGCUGCCCAGGCAACUCUCCCUGAACGGUCAGAUAUGA